AUGAAGGACGACGCCCCCCAACAUGAAGAAUACGCCCAGAGUGAUUCCAAAGGCUUAGGUGAGUUGAUUGACCUGGAUGAGGCCGUCCUACGAGCCCAGGGCCACGAUGCAGAACUCAAGCGGUCGUUCUCUUGGGUGGGUGCACUUGGGCUGGCAUUUAGUAUUGUCAACUCCUGGUUGACCUAUGCUGCGUGCUUCGGGGUAGCCUUUAGCUACGGUGGAGGUUUAGUUGCAGUAUUCAGCCCCAUCCUCUCCGCUCUGACACAGUUGAUUAUGCUUCAAGGAGUCUCGGAGCUCGCGUCUGCAUUCCCAUCUUCUGGUGGCCAGUACCACUACACAUAUAUUAUAGCACCCGACCGAUUCAAGAACGUCGCCGCCUAUGUUGUCGGGAUGAUUAACGUUAUUGCAUGGUGGAUCAAUACGGCAUCGGGCACGAUCUAUACAGCCAUUUCUGCAUUUGGGAUCUGCGAGUUCCUAGUCCCCGGGUUUGCAGGGACGCAGUGGCAGGUAUAUUUAUGCUAUCUACUGGUUAUCCUCCUCACUCUACUACCUAUAUUCGUGAUUCCUCAGCAUCGCAUCGAAGGUAUGACCAAAACAUCCAUGUGUCUCUCCAUUAUCGGAAUGUUCCUCGUCAUCAUCGUCUGCCUGGUCAUGGGCAGAGGGAACUAUCACCCCGGUACCAUCCUAAAUUCCAGUCGGACCAGCGGCUGGGGCCCUGGAGUAGGAUGGCUGUUAGGGAUCGGAAAUGGAGAAUACGCAUUCGUCGCUGCAGGGGCUUGCGUCCAUAUCUCGGAGGAGGUUCCCAAGCCGAACCGCAGGAUCCCGCUUGUUAUAAAUAUGACCAUUUUGAUCGGAGUGCUUACCCUCGUGCCUUGGAUUAUUGCAAUGACCUGCAGUAUCCAAGACAUCGAAGCGGUCCAGAAUGCAUUCGUGCCCAGCUUGGAGCUGUUCUACCAGGCGACUGGGAACAAGGCUGCAGCGGCUGUUCUCCAGGUGUACCUGACAUUCGUAUACUACACCUGCGUCCCCAGCCAGUGGAUUACAAGCAGUCGAAUGACAUGGGCAUUUUCGCGAGAUAACGGCCUCCCCUUCUCAAGCUACUGGGCAAAGAUAGACGAGAACCGACGUAUCCCUGUCCGAGCAACACUUCUCUCCGCCGGCUUCUGCGCCAUCUACGGCCUGCUGUAUAUAGCGAGCACGCAGGCCUUUAAUUCAAUCAUCAACACCGCCGUCCUGGUGCUCAACAUUACAUAUACAGUGCCGCAGGGAAUCCUGGCUACAUGUGGACGGGGUCGGCUUCCAAGACGGUACUACGAUCUAGGGUAUGCCGGGUACGCAGUGAAUGUUUUCUCUGUGGGCUGGCUCAUUAUUAGUGGUGUCUUCUUUUGCUUUCCCACCGAGAACCCGCCUACGUUGGGGAAUAUGAAUUAUAACUCGGCUGUCCUCUGUGGAAUUAUUGCGAUCGUUCUGGUGUGUUGGAUAGAGCGGAGGAAGAGAUUCUCUGGGCCUGCGAUUGAUUGGGAGGCUCUGAAUACCGCGCAGGCUGUGCAUGGAUAG